AUGGCUUCGAAGUUGGAUGGAUUUAUUCGCCCGUAUCGGGGCAAACAGGACGACUUUGAUGAGUUCUGGGCUAAGUUUCUGGUCUUAGCCAAGGCCAAUAAGUGGGCCGAUGACGCUGCCAAGGCUGAGCAUCUUCCGUUGUUCCUGAGUGGACAAGCCUUUACGGUUGUCACUCAAUUGUCUGACGAGGACAAAAAAUCGCCGGCAAAAAUUAAAUCUGCGCUGGAGCAGGCAUUUUGCCCCACGCCUGGUGCUGCCUACCGUUCAUUUACGUCAAGGGCUUUGCGGAAUGGAGAGCCUGUGGACGCGUACCUGGCAGAUUUGAAGCGCCUACUUACGCUGUCUGGCCAUAAGAUUGCGGAUAAUUCAGAUCCCGUGCUGAUUGAGCAGUUCCUGAGUGGGUUGCCAGCUGAUAUUGGUCACCACGUUCGUAUGGCGUCUGCUACGCAGAAGCUCACUGUCACUGAUAUGGCAAAUCAAAUCAGAGUCAUGCAGGCAUCCAAACUCCCAGAAUCCCAUGGUGCUGUUGCUGCUGCUAGCUCUCAGCCCAAGAAGUCGCUCGUGUGUUACCAGUGUAAGGCCGUGGGCCAUGUGAGAUCACAGUGCCCGAAGCGUAAGCCCAGUGUCACCUGUUAUGCCUGUAAAGCGAAAGGGCAUAUUUCCAAGGACUGUCCGAACAAGAGUCGAGUUGGAAAUGUCGCUGCUGGUCACGCGCCGCCUGAACGUACGGAUAUUUGCCUUGCUCUGGCAAAAUCGGAUGGAGACCUAGUUCGUGUAGCCGUGGACGUACAGGAACCCAGUACUGAGUCUAGUACGUGGACGCGUUUUGCCUCUGUGGUGGAUUCUGGCUGUACUCGCACACUGGUGGAGUCGGCUGUUGUUGACCGAUUGAACCUAUCAGCUGCAGUUUCUCCCUGUCAGGACAAGCUGUUGUCUAUCGACGGAACACCACUUACUAUCCUUGGCAACGUCACGCUACGUGUGCAACGACUUGAUGGAGCCGUCCAUUUGCCUCGGAUCACUAUUGAUUGUCUCGUUGUGCCCAACUUGUCGUCCUUGAACACGGACUUCCUGAUUGGCACAGAUACCAUUGGCAAGGUCGGUGGCCUCACUCUACGUUACGACGGUCUAGGGGGCACGCUGUCCUCAGUUGUGUUUGGUCAGCAGGCAGGUGUCGCUGCCGGUGCAUCUCCCCAACCCGAAUCUGAGAAGCCUAACAAGCUUUCUCGUCACAUCGAUGUUACCGAGUCCGAGUCGACAGUCACCUUGAAGGCGAAUGAUUGCCUAGCUAACUGGUCGAAUGAGCGUGGUCAUUGGAUUGCUCAGUGGUCGUGGAAGGGUGGCGUUGCACCCGAGCAGCACAUUGGUUCCGGCAUUGGAGAGUACUCGCGGAAGUCUCUAAGCGUCAGCGAGGAGGAGCAGUUUGCUUCAGAAAUGAAGUUGUGGGUGGACAAUGGAUGGCUUGUCAAGUACGACUCCGAGGCAUUCGGAGAGCCUGUCGCUGUCUUGCCGAUACUUGCCGUUAGUCAGCAGCACAAGGCAUCCACGCCGGUUCGGCCGUGCUUGGACUACCGUGCCCUGAAUGCCUGUCUUGUGUCCCACCCCGGUGUCACCGCUCCAGCUUGUGACGCGAAACUCCGUAACUGGCGCAGACGUAGUGCCGACAGCGUUCUUCUCGACAUCCGGAAAGCCUACCUGCAAGUUCGGAUCCAUCCCACCCUGUACAAGUACCAAACCGUUGUGUACAAAGGCGAGUUGUAUACCAUGACCCGCAUGGGAUUCGGUCUGAACGUCGCGCCAAAGAUCUUGGACAUGAUUGUCCAAUGGAUUACCCGUGAUCACGCCGACGUUGACAACUAUGUGGACGACCUCUACGUCCCUACUGCCCAGACCGACAUCGUCCGCCAUGAACUCGCCAGCUAUGGGCUUGAGACGAAAGAGCCAGAGCAGUUCGCAACUGCUCGUGUGUUGGGCCUACAGCUGUCCUCUUCUGAUGUCGAAGAUACAGUCACGUGGGAACGUCGUGCUGGUGUUGACCUCAAGUUGCCAGAGUCACCAACUCGUCGUCAAGUGUUCAGUUGGUGUGGCCGUGUGAUUAGUCACUACCCGGUAUGUUCCUGGUUACGCCCGCUGUGCAACUACAUCAAGCGGCUUGUCGGCGAGAACACAUCGAAAUGGGAUGACCUCGUACCGCCUCAUCUCGUGCAACCAUGUCGUGAGGUCGAGUCUCGUGUCCGUCAAGACGAUCCUGUGCAUGGUGUCUGGUCUGUGCCCUGUGAUGACACCACAGUGUGGCACGUUUGGUGCGAUGCUUCUGGCCUGGCCAUGGGUGCGGUUCUGGAAGUCAACGGCGCUAUCGUCGAAGACAAGUCCUGGCUCAGACCUUCCGAUGAUAAGCGUCAUAUCAACAUAGCAGAGUUAGACGCCGUCAUCAAGUCGCUCAACCUCGCUCUGUGUUGGCCAGUGAAGAACGUGGUCUUGCACACUGAUUCGCGUACAGUCCAUGGCUGGUUGACGCAGUUGCUGAACAACAUUCGUCGUGUUAAAGUGAGUGGCCUUCACGCUACGUUGGUUCAGCGUCGUUUGCAGAUCAUCGACGAUUUGAUCACUGUAUCUGGCAUUACAGUUGACGUUGAAUGGGUCCGCUCAGAGGACAAUAUUUCGGAUCAGCUAACCCGUGUCCCUACCUGGUUCCGUGUGCCGGACAGUCCUAAGAAGCCACAGCCUGAUGUUGCAGCAGCCGGUGUUACCGUUCGUGCUCUCCCACCUCUUGCUAUGGGUGACAUCGCCACUGCCCAAGUUGCCGACGAGGCGAUCUCGUCCGUUAAGGCCCAGCUUCUCUCCGGUGAACCGAUUCCCAACUCCAGCUACAGCAGAGUCCGAACCCAGCUGGUGAUUGAGGAUGAUGUGCUGUUUCGCAGCGUGAAAUCGCCUCUCAACGAUGUUGAGCUUGUGCCUGCCCUUCCCCAGAGUCUUACUGCCGAUGCACUUGCAGUCGCCCAUACUGUGAGUGGUCACGCCGGUUGGGAAAGUAUGUGGUGUCUACUCCGUAGCCAAUGCUAUUUCCCUGGUAUGGCACAGCGCUGCCGUGACUACGUGUCAGAGUGCACUACCUGCCGUGCGGCAAAUCCUGCUCAACCUUGUCUACCGCAACCAACGCGACCUGUAACUCCCGAUGGUCCCUGGCGUGUUGUGCAAAUUGACACGCUCGAGCUUGGUACCAACAAGUCUGGCCGAUAUCACUGCGUUCUUGUCUGCAUUGACACCUUCACCAAGUGGGUGGAGGUCGUCCCACUUGUUCGCCAUGAUGCUGAGUCUGUCGCCGAUGCAUUUGUUAGUGUCUGCACUCGGUGGGGUCCUCCCCAUGUUAUCCGCUCCGACAACGGCACCGAGCUUCACAAUGCCCUGAUGUCAUCCCUCUACAAGGUAUUUGGGGUCAACGUGUGUUUUGGCGCAGUUCGCCACCCCCAAUCGCAAGGUGCCGCAGAACGGUUCAACCAAACGCUGUUGACCUUGGUGCGGAAGGUCCUCGACGAGUCCAGUGAUUGGCAGGUUGACCUAGCUAUGCUCCUGUACUUCUACCGCAACAGGCCCCACAGUGUCACCGGUGUCUCACCUAUGCAAGCAAUGGUUGGCUGGCAGCCCCGCAGUCUCGUGGUGGAUGCUACCCCAACAGAUUGGUCGUUUCCCCGCUGGACGGAGGAAAUACAGCGUCGCGCCUCAGCCAUGUACGAUCUCCUGGAAUCAGAGUUGUCGUCCUGCGAUUUUGUCGAGGAGCCAACUCAAGCGUUCUUGGCUGGAGAGUCUGUUCUCUUCCGCCGUCCACACCGGCACCAGAAACGACUCCCCGAAUUCGAAGAAGGUUGGAUCGUCAAGCGAGUCGUUGGUCACUCAACUGUCGUGAUUGGCCGUGGCACAGCAGAAAAACUCGUCAACACAGAGCUGCUGAAGCCUGCUGGAAGUCAUUCCAGUCGUAUCCCUGAGCCACUAGAUGUAGCUAGUAUUAUCGAUGACGAGCCGUUGGACCAUGUGCCUUUGGCUGGUGUACCUGAUGACACCGCUGGUGGUCGUCUUCUCCGCGACAGAGCCCUGCUCCGUGAGCCUAGUAGGUAUGGCUCUUGA